GCCUCCUCCCAUGGCUUCCCCGCGUCCCGACCCGCCGCCCCCAGAGGCAUACCUAUAUAUACUCCUCGCGCUGCCGAUCACUCGGCAACGCGCUCUCACUAGCUCAGACCAGCUCGGCCAUCUCUCGAUCACCAGCCACUCCACGGUUAGUUGCCACUUGCAGCAAUGAGCUCGUCGUCGUCUUGGUCGGGGUCGGAGGCGUCGUCGGGGUCGCGGGUGCAGCAGGACAAGGCGGUGGUGUGGUCGAAGCGGCCCGCGGGGCGCACCAAGUUCAGGGAGACGCGGCACCUGGUGUUCCGCGGCGUGCGGCGGCGCGGCGGGGCCGGGAGGUGGGUGUGCGAGGUGCGGGUCCCCGGGAAGCGCGGCGCGCGGCUGUGGCUCGGCACGUACGUCACCGCCGAGGCCGCGGCGCGCGCGCACGACGCCGCCAUGAUGGCGCUCCGGGGCGGCGGCGCGGCGUGCCUCAACUUCCAGGACUCCGCGUGGCUGCUCGCCGUGCCGCCCGCCGCGCCCUCCGACCUGGCCGACGUCCGCCGCGCGGCCACCGAGGCAGUCGCGGCCUUCCUCCAGCGCAGCAACGCCGCGGAGGCCAUGGAAGAGGCCACCUCCAGCGCGUCCGCGCCGCCGCUGGCCAACAGCGACGUCUCACCGUCGACGCCGCCGCGGCCUCCAGUCGACGCAACGACCGAGCUGCCCCUGCCGGCGACAUUAAUGGACACGUUCGAUCUUGACUUCUUCGGGGAAAUGGACUACGACAUGUACUACGCGAGCCUUGCGCAGGGGCUGCUCAUGGAGCCGCCGCCGCCGCCGGCGACGGCAGCGGCGGAGGCCGCCAGUGCGCACUGGGACAUCGGCGACGAAGCAGCUGACAUCGCGCUCUGGAGCUUCUAAGCUCUUGACACUGUCUCCAUUUGACUGUACUCUGUGUUUGACUGUGUAACGAAUUGAUACUGUGCCUUGGUAGCAUGUUUAAAUUUGUUGAUUAAACGAUUUUCAGAGCUCAGAUUUCGCUAACGAU